GGGUGGGUUUGUCUAUGUUUGUAUUUCUAUGUGGGGUUUUGUGUUCGGCCUGGUAUGAUUCUCAAUUAGAGACAGGUGUGUAUUGUUUGUCUCUAAUUGAGAGUCAUACAAAGGCAGCCAGGGUUUCACUGGUGUUUUGUGGGUGUUUGUUUCCUGUGCCAGUGGUUGGACCACACAGGACUGUUUUGAGGUAUGUCACGUUUGUUGUUUUGUAGUUUGUAGUGUUUUCCUGUUAUUUUCAUUAAAUCAUGAACACUUACCUCUCCGCAUCUUGGUCUGAUCCAUGCUCCUCCUCGUCUGAGGAGGAGAACGACAUUGACUGCCUUAACACACUUUGAUAAUUUUCAGCUGUUUAAGUCGAUCAAACGUGCUCGAGUUUGAGCAUAUGUCCGUUAGGGCUAUGGAUAUUUUUUUUAAUAAGCACGAAUUAGAUUGAGCAAUAAAAGCCCCACUGGUCUUCUUAAAUUAAACUUGUUGUUGACAUUAACGAGCACAAUACCACAGCAAAGUUUAGAAGGGAGGAACUCCCUCAAACUGUUAUUCCAUAGGCUGGGAUCUGCACUAUGCAUCUGUUGCAAGAGCGCAUUUUUCACUGGCUGUCCACUGGUCAAUGAUUGAUAGGCAGCUUAAACUUCUUAAAUCUAUCCAUUAUUGCCUUAGGCAUAAGGUUAGUAUGGUGGUUGAAGUUAGCCUUAGGCAUAAGGUUAUCAUGGUGGUUAAAGUUAGCCUUAGGCAUAAGGUUUUCAUGGUGGUUAAAGUUAGCCUUAGGCAUAAGGUUAUCAUGGUGGUUAAAGUUAGCCUUAGGCAUAAGGUUAUCAUGGUGGUUAAAGUUAGCCUUAGGCAUAAGGUUUUCAUGGUGGUUAAAGUUAGCCUUAGGCAUAAGGUUAUCAUGGUGGUUAAAGUUAGCCUUAGGCAUAAGGUUUUCAUGGUGGUUAAAGUUAGCCUUAGGCAUAAGGUUAUCAUGGUGGUUAAAGUUAGCCUUAGGCAUAAGGUUAUCAUGGUGGUUAACGUUAGCCUUAGGCAUAAGGUUUUCAUGGUGGUUAAAGUUAGCCUUAGGCAUAAGGUUAUCAUGGUGGUUAAAGUUAGCCUUAGGCAUAAGGUUUUCAUGGUGGUUAAAGUUAGCCUCAGGCAUAAGGUUUUCAUGGUGGUUAAAGUUAGCCUUAGGAAUAAGGUUAGCACGGUGGUUAAAGUUAGCCUUAGGCAUAAGGUUAUCAUGGUGGUUAAAGUUAGCCUAAGGCAUAAGGUUUUCAUGGUGGUUAAAGUUAGCCUUAGGCAUAAGGUUUUCAUGGUGGUUAAAGUUAGCCUUAGGCAUAAGGUUAGCAUGGUGGUUAAAGUUAGCCUUAAGCAUAAGGUUAGCAUGGUGGUUAAAGUUAGCCUUAAGCAUAAGGUUAGCAUGGUGGUUAACGUUAGCCUUAGGCAUAAGGUUAGCAUGGUGGUUAACGUUAGCCUUAGGCAUAAGGUUAGCAUGGUGGUUAAAGUUAGCCUUAGGCAUAAGGUUAGCAUGGUGGUUAAAGCAUGACCAGAUGUAUAGCUGAGUAAAUACUGUUAUCUAGCAGGGAACCUAGAAGACCACCUUUAUAGCCGAGUGAAUACUGUCAUCUACAUGACACUACAACAUUCUAUGACAGCCAUGUUAGCUAUUCAUUUACAUGACUCUACAACAUUCUAUGACAGCCAUGUUAACUCUUCAUUUACAUGACUCUACAACAUUCUAUGACAGCCAUGUUAACUCUUCAUUUACAUGACUCUACAACAUUCUAUGACAGCCAUGUUAACUCUUCAUUUACAUGACACUACAACAUCCUAUGACAACCAUGUUAACUCUUCAUUUACAUGACUCUACAACAUUCUAUGACAGCCAUGUUAACUCUUCAUUUACAUGACACUACAACAUUCUAUGACAGCCAUGUUAACUCCUCAUUUACAUGACUCUACAACAUUCUAUGACAGCCAUGUUAGCUCUUCAUUUACAUGACACUACAACAUUCUAUGACAGCCAUGUUAGCUCUUCAUUUACAUGACUCUACAACAUUCUAUGACAGCCAUGUUAACUCUUCAUUUACAUGACACUACAACAUUCUAUGACAGCCAUGUUAACUCUUCAUUUACACGACUCUACAACAUUCUAUGACAGCCAUGUUAGCUCUUCAUUUACAUGACUCUACAACAUUCUAUGACAGCCAUGUUAACUCUUCAUUUACAUAACUCUACAACAUUCUAUGACAGCCAUGUUAGAUCUUCAUUUACAUAACUCUACAACAUUCUAUAACAGCCAUGUUAGAUCUUCAUUUACAUGACUUUACAACAUUCUAUGACAACCAUGUUAGCUCUUCAUUUACAUGACACUACAACAUUCUAUGACAACCAUGUUAACUCUUCAUUUACAUGACACUACAACAUUCUAUGACAGCCAUGUUAACUCUUCAUUUACAUGACACUACAACAUUCUAUGACAACCAUGUUAACUCCCCGUUAACAUGACAUGAGGAAUAUUUAAACUAUUCUAUGUAACUGAACGUCUAGAAUUAGAACAAUAUUGAACAUUCUAAAAGUUGUUCAGACUCUCCAAAUAGAUGUCUCUGGUCUCAUCUUCCCAUGAUAUUUACUCAGCCAUAAAGGUGGUCAUCGAGGUUCCCUGCUAGAUAACAGUAUUUACUCAGCUAUAAAGGUGGUCUUCUAGGUUCCCUGCUAGAUAACAGUAUUUACUCAGCUAUAAAGGUGGUCAUCGAGUUUCCCUGCUAGAUAACAGUAUUUACUCAGCUAUAAAGGUGGUCUUCUAGGUUCCCUGCUAGGUAACAGUAUUUACUCAGCUAUAAAGGUGAUCAUCGAGGUUCCCUGCUAGGUAACAGUAUUUACUCAGCUAUAAAAGUGGUCACUGAGGUUCCCUGCUAGAUAACAGUAUUUACUCAGCUAUAAAGGUGGUCAUCGAUAACAGUAUUUACUCAGCUAUAAAGGUGGUCACUGAGGUUCCCUGCUAGAUAACAGUAUUUACUCAGCUAUAAAGGUGGUCACUGAGGUUCCCUGCUAGGUAACAGUAUUUACUCAGCUAUAAAGGUGGUCACUGAGGUUCCCUGCUAGAUAACAGUAUUUACUCAGCUAUAAAGGUGGUCAUCGAUAACAGUAUUUACUCAGCUAUAAAGGUGGUCAUCGAUAACAGUAUUUACUCAGCUAUAAAGGUAGUCAUCCAUGUUCCCUGAUAGUUAACAGUAUUUACUCAGCUAUAAAGGUGGUCACUGAGGUUCCCUGCUAGAUAACAGUAUUUACUCAGCUAUAAAGGUGGUCACUGAGGUUCCCUGCUAGGUAACAGUAUUUACUCAGCUAUAAAGGUGGUCACUGAGGUUCCCUGCUAGAUAACAGUAUUUACUCAGCUAUAAAGGUGGUCACUGAGGUUCCCUGCUAGAUAACAGUAUUUACUCAGCUAUAAAGGUGGUCAUCGAUAACAGUAUUUACUCAGCUAUAAAGGUGGUCAUCAAGGUUCCCUGCUAGGUAACAGUAUUUACUCAGCUAUAAAGGUGGUCUUCUAGGUUCCCUGCUAGAUAACAGUAUUUACUCAGCUAUAAAGGUGGUCACUGAGGUUCCCUGCUAGAUAACAGUAUUUACUCAGCUAUAAAGGUGGUCAUCGAGGUUCCCUGCUAGAUAACAGUAUUUGCUCAGCUAUAAAGGUGGUCUUCUAGGUUCCCUGCUAGAUAACAGUAUUUACUCAGCUAUAAAGGUGGUCAUCGAGGUUCCCUGCUAGAUAACAGUAUUUACUCAGCUAUAAAGGUGGUUAUCGAGGUUCCCUGCUAGAUAACAGUAUUUACUCAGCUGUAAAGGUGGUCAUCGAGGUUCCCUGCUAGAUAACAGUAUUUACUCAGCUAUAAAGGUGGUUAUCGAGGUUCCCUGCUAGAUAACAGUAUUUACUCAGCUGUAAAGGUGGUCAUCGAGGUUCCCUGCUAGAUAACAGUAUUUACUCAGCUGUAAAGGUGGUCUUCUAGGUUCCCUGCUAGAUAACAGUAUUUACUCAGCUGUAAAGGUGGUCUUCUAGGUUCCCUGCUAGAUAACAGUAUUUACUCAGCUAUAAAGGUGGUCAUCGAGGUUCCCUGCGAGAUAACAACACAACGGGGAAGCCUUGAUGUUGUGAGGUAGUUGCUAGUUGGUAAUAAUACAUUAUUGUCAGAGUGUGUGUCUCUCAAUGGGUUAAGAGGAUUGAAACAUUAAUAUAAUAUGAUUAAAAACCAACAAAAAUACCUGUUUUAUUGUCAUAUACACCAGAUAGGUGCAGUGAAAUGUGUUGUUUUACAGGGUCAGCAAAUGAAGGUUACAUGUAAGUGCCUUGGUCAAGGGCACAUCGGUAGAUUUUUCACCUUGUCGUCUCUGUGAUGUGGUGCUUUAGUGAUCGUGUGGCUGAAUGGGCUGAAGGUUGGAUCUACUGUCUCAUCAGCCCCAAGUGUCCAUGUUUUCUCUGCCCGGGGGGGAAGUUUCCCCUAGGUACAGAUCUAGGAUCAGCUUCACCUCCCCCAAUACACACCUUAGACAUUAGUGUGGAAAUUCCAAACCAACAUCUAAGGCUAAUGAAGACUAUUGCUAUAACUGCAAGCAACAGAGAUUAUGAGGUGUGUUGCCCUUUUCAUUUGGGCUGGGAAGUUCACCCUGGACUGUGUUUUCUAGCUCUCCUUUCACAAGACAGGAAGCAACAGAGAUUAUGAGGUUUUCAUUUGGGCUGGGAAGUUCACCCUGGACUGUGUUUUCUAGCUCUCCUUUCACAAGACAGGAAGCAACAGAGAUGUCAAUGGAAGGGGUCAGUAAGAGCUGUCCACGUGGUCAAAGGAGUGUCUCUGCUCAUGUGACGCCUUGAUUACUUCCUGGUUGCAGCCAGAGGUCACGGAGAGGUCAAAUGAGGGAGAGGAUCUUGUCAGAGCCUAACUACUCUUAGGAGAGAGGUCUUGAAGAAUCCAUACCAGACAGUGGUUUAAGGUGACUGAAUGACCCUGUCUGGUCUGAACCAGUCGGUGUGUUGUGGAGACAGGCGGUCGUUAGGGAGGAAAACACCAUGUCUGCUUGAGGCUGGGAACUGGAAGGCUCCUCCCUUCAGUAGUGUGACGGAUCAGUGAAGAAUGAGGAGAGAACUGGUCAUCUUGGCUAAUGGGCUCGUCUCUAGUCUAGUCUACCCAUGCAUGCAGGCUGCUGGAUCUAGAUGGAUCACUCCAAUGAAGGAGGACCGGAGGUGGAACGGCCUAUUGUGAUGUUAAAGGGGGGGUAGACAUUCUCUUUCACUGUGUAAAGCCAUGCAAGGAGACAGGGGAUGGAACUGACCACUAAAUGAUCAUGUUGACAGUAGGUUGUUGUGUUGUGCAUCGGUAGGGUGAUAUGUGCUGCUGUGUUUAUGUGUGUGGACUGGGCUGGUGGGAGGAGCUA